AUGGUCCUCCACCAGUCAAGAUGCAGAGGAAAUUCAAAAAUAGCACAUCUGAGAGGGUAUCAGGUCAACGUGGCUAAUUACAGAGUGAUAGAGCUGGACCUCAGUUACAAUGAGUUUUCCGAGAAAGCUGGAGAACUAUUUGGACAGGUGCUGGUCAACAAUGAAUCACUGGAGAUUCUGAAUCUGAGCUGGAAUCAUCUGCGGCUGAAGGGUGCUACGGCCCUGAGUAAUAGUCUCAAGGUUAAUGGAACAUUGAAGAUACUGAACCUUUCCUGGAAUGGCUUUGGAAAUGAUGGAGCCUUUGCCCUUGGAGAAGCUCUGAAAGUCAACAUUACGCUUGCUGAAUUGGAUAUCAGCAACAACCAUAUUAGCAAUGACGGGGCAAUAAAGCUAAGCAAAGGAUUAGAAAUGAAUGGGAGCCUUAGAAUCCUAAAGUUAACACCAGUUGGAACCACGAUCUUCACCGGAUUCUCUGGAAACAGAGGCGCCACAGAUAUAGAUGAUGGACCCAAUGGCCAGAUAGAGUACAUCAUCCAAUACAAUCCCAGCGAUCCAACAUCAAAUAGGACUUUUGACAUCCCUCUGACAUUGUCGGGAGCAAUAGUUUUGCGUGAGAGAUUAAAUUAUGAAGAAAAGUCACGUUAUUUUCUCAUUGUCCAAGCAAAUGAUCGAGCUCAAAAUCUUGUGGAACGAAGAACAAGCACGACGACUCUGACUGUUGAUGUCCUUGAUGGGGAUGACCUUGGACCAAUGUUCCUUCCAUGUAUAUUAGUUUUUAACACUCGGGACUGCCGGCCACUCACUUAUCAAGCUAGUUUGCCAGAACUCACUGACCCUGCACGGGUAAACCCAAUCAAUGUUACACCACCAAUACAAGCUAUAGAUCAGGAUCGCAACAUCCAGCCUGCAUCUGAUCGCCCAGGAAUACUCUAUUCCAUCUUAGUUGGGACUCCUGAGGAUUAUUCCCAGUAUUUCAGUAUGAAUGGUACCACUGCUAAACUCCGCCUUCUAAAGCCGAUAAACAGGGAUUUUCAUCAGAAAUUUGAUCUGGUUAUUAAGGCUGAACAAGACAAUGGCCAUCCUCUCCCAGCCUUUGCUAAUCUGCAUAUUGAAGUUUUAGAUGAAAACAAUCAGAAACCUUUCUUCACCAAAUCCACAUAUGACGGCUUUAUUUCAGAGUCUUCUCCUGUCGGUACAACCAUUUCUGAUAACCAGAAUUUGACGUCUCCACUGCAGAUCGUAGCUUUAGAUAAUGAUGUUGAAGAGACAAAGGAUCCACUGCUCCACCUGUUUCUAAAUGAUUACAAUACGUUUUUCACUGUGACUCAGACUGGAAUAGCCCGUUACCUCACCUUACUUCAGCCAGUUGACAGAGAAUUUCAGCAGUUAUACACAUUUUUGAUUACAGCUUCCGAUGGGGUACAAGAAAGUUUUCCAGUCACAGUCAAUAUUUUUGUACUUGAUGCAAAUGAUAAUUCUCCAACCUUCUCAAACAUAUCAUAUAAUGUGAAGAUCUAUACAGAUAUGAGGCCUGGAGAAAGCGUUAUCAAGAGAUACUCCCAUACCAUGAAAGAAUGCCUUAUGUCAGGAUACUCUCAAUGGUGCUGCGAUAGUAGGACAGAUGUAGAUGCUGAGAUAAAUUUAUCUUCCUGA